AUGACAGGRAAACCAGAGGAGGACAAGGAGCUAAAGCGAUUCUCCAUCUCCUCGGGCUGCCGGUGCGGCCGCUGCCUCCGCGCACAGGGCCGGGGCGCACAGCGGCGGACGGACCGAGAGUCCCGCGCCCGCCCGAGGCGCAGAGGGCGGAGGAGCUUCUCCCGCGGCGCACGGGCCAGCGCGCCCCGUCCGUGCCGGCGUCCACAAAAGCCCCUUAAAUCCCCCGACUUUCCCCCAACGAAAACCCGACUCUCGGCUGCUGCCUGUCCCCGCGGCACUGCCUGGAGCGGCCCCGACGGCGCGGCCGAUGGCCCUGACGGCGCGUCGUGUCCCCGCAGGCUCUUCGGCAUCAAGUGCGCCCAGUGCCGGGCGGCGUUCAGCAGCAGCGACCUGGUGAUGCGCGCCCGCGACCACGUCUACCACCUGGAGUGCUUCCGCUGCGCCGCCUGCGGCCGCCAGCUCCUGCCCGGCGAUCAGUUCUGCCUGCGAGAGCGCGACUUGCUCUGCCGCGCCGACCACGGGCCACCCCCCGACGGCACCGCCGCCCGCGGGCCGCGCAGCCCCGCUCUGCCGCCGGCCGCCGGCGCGCACCUCGCAGAGCCGGUGCCCGGGAGGCCGCCCGCCCCACGGCCGCCGGCGCACAAGGCAGCGGAGAAGACCACCCGCGUGCGGACGGUGCUGAACGAGAAGCAGCUGCACACGCUGCGGACCUGCUACGCUGCCAACCCGCGCCCCGACGCCCUGAUGAAAGAGCAGCUAGUGGAAAUGACGGGGCUCAGUCCCCGAGUCAUCCGCGUCUGGUUCCAGAACAAGCGCUGCAAGGACAAGAAAAAGUCCAUCCUCAUGAAGCAGCUCCAGCAGCAGCAGCACAGCGACAAGACGAGUCUGCAGGGCCUCACCGGGACGCCGCUGGUGGCCGGCAGCCCCAUCCGCCACGAGAGCGCCGUGCAGGGCAGCGCCGUGGAGGUCCAGACCUACCAGCCGCCCUGGAAGGCGCUCAGCGAGUUCGCCCUGCAGAGCGAUCUGGAGCAGCCCGCCGCCUUCCAGCAGCUGGUUUCCUUCUCCGAGUCCGGCUCCUUGGGCACAUCCUCCGGCAGCGACGUGACCUCGCUGUCCUCCCAGCUCCCCGACACCCCCAACAGCAUGGUGCCCAGCCCGGCCGAGACGUGAGGCGGCCUGGCCGCUCGCCGCCGCGGGACCUCCGCAUGCCUGCGCUCCCUGCAUGAGACACCCGGCCCCGGGCCGCUCCCAGAGCGCCGGACAAACGC